AGUCAAAAUUGAAAGAAAAAGUCAAUAACGCUUUCCUCGGCUCAGUCCCUCUGUUCUAACUCUUCUAAGUCGUCGUAAACAAUGUCAUAAUUAGAAUGAGAAAUCACCAUGCAAGUACAUGCUUAAGACUUUGCUGCAAAAGAAUUGGUAUUCAAUCUUCCUCUUUAUCAACUUUAUCUUCCGAAAUAAUCUUUAAAACCCAUUUCAUUUCUUCUCGGAAACUCCAAAUUGCUCGGCGAAAAUAUGUCCAUAUUUUACAAUUGCCAAACUUUUCAGAGAAACCCGUUUUUUACUAUAAGCAAAUUCAUGGCCAUCUUCUUGUUUCUGGUCUUGGGUAUGACGUAUUUCUGGGAAAUAUUCUCAUGCAUUGGUACUCCAAACUUGGUUGUAUUCAGUAUGUCCGAAAUCUGUUUGAUAAAAUGCCUAAAAGAAACUUGAUUUCUUGGUCAACUAUGGUUACUGCGUAUGCGCAGCAUGGUUUUUCUGAAGAGGGUUUAAGGGUCUUCUCAGAAUGUAGGAGGAGUUGUGUUGAGAAUCCUAAUGAGUAUGUAUUGGCGAGCGUAAUACGUGCUUGUGUGCAGUUGGGUGGUUUUGCACAAGGUGCCCAAGUGCAUGGUUUUGUUAUUAGGAGUGGUUUGAGUGACAAUGUGUAUGUGGGUACUUCUUUGACGGAAUUUUAUGUGAAAUUAGGCCACAUUGUUGAUGCUAGGAUGGUUUUUGAUGAGCUGAAAGAGAAAAGUUUGUUUACUUGGACUGUAAUGAUGACAGGAUAUGUUAGGAGUGGAAGAAGUGAUGUUUCAUUGAUGUUGUUCUAUCAGUUAAUGAGGGAUUCCAAUGUUGUCCCUGAUAGAUAUGUUCUUUCUAGCGUACUGAAUGCGUGCUCAAUGCUUCAGUAUCUUGGGGGGGGGAAGCAGAUUCAUGCUUAUGUAUUCAAAAAAGGAAUGGAAUUGGAUGUUUCUGUAAUGAAUGUGUUGGUAGAUUUUUAUGUGAAAUGUGGUAGUGUGAUAAGUGGUAGGAAACUAUUUCACCAGAUUAAUGCAAAAGAUGUCAUUUCAUGGACCACGAUGAUUGCUGGAUAUAUGCAGAAUUCAUUUCAUGACGAAGCCCUACUAUUGUUUCAGGAAAUGAACAGAUUUGGUAGAAAGCUUGAUGAGUUUGUGUGCUCAAGUAUUCUAAAUUCAUGUGGUUCACUUGAAGCUCUUUUCCCAGGACAACAGGUUCAUGCUUAUAUUAUUAAAGUAAAUCUCGAGUCUGAUGAAUAUGUGAGAAAUGGAUUGAUUGAUAUGUAUUCCAAGUGUAGUUCUCUUGUUGAUGCAAGAAGGGCUUUUGAUUCAGUGAAUCAGAACAAUGUGGUAUCUUAUAAUGCAAUGAUUGAGGGAUACUCAAAUUUGGGAAAGAUCUCUGAAGCAUUAUAUUUGUUUCAUGAGAUGAGGAUUAAUCUGUUAAAUCCCAAUCUCUUAACAUUCGUUAGCAUUCUUGGGGUAGCAGCAUCACUUUGUUUUUUGGAAUUGAGCAAGCAAAUUCAUGGCCUUAUCAUCAAGUUAGGUGUGUCAAUCAACUUGUUUGCUAGCAGUGCCUUGAUAGAUGUCUAUUGUAAAUGCAAUUUUCUCGAGGAGGCAAGACUGGUGUUCAAUGAGAUCAAUGAGAAGGAUGUGGUGGUGUGGAAUGCUUUGCUCUUUGGCUAUACUCAACAGAUGGAAAAUGAAGAGGCUCUUAACCUUUACAGUCAUUUACAAGUGUCAGGAAAUAAAGCUAACGAGUUCACUUUUGUUGCAAUGCUCACUGCAGCAAGUAAUCUUGCAAGUCUCCGCCAUGGACAACAGUUUCAUAAUCAGCUGAUAAAAUCAGCCUUUGACACUGAUGCUUUUGUCACAAACUCCCUGUUAGAUAUGUAUGCUAAGUGUGGAUGCUUACAAGAUGCUAACAAGUUGUUUAACACCACAAAAUGGAGAGAUGUUGCCUGUUGGAAUUCUAUGAUUUCCACUUAUGCAAAUCAUGGAGUAGCUGAAAAAGCUGUUUUCUUGUAUGAGAAGAUGCUCCAAGAUGGUUUGCAGCCAAACUAUGUGACUUUUAUAGGGCUCCUCUCAGCAUGCAGCCAUGCAGGGCUGAUAAAAUCCGGGCUUAAACAUUUUGACACGAUGCUCAACUACGGAAUUGAGCCAGGGAUGGAGCAUUAUGCUUGCAUGGUUUCUCUCUUUGGACGAGCUGGUAGACUGAAUGAUGCAAAAGAAUUUAUUGAGAAAAUGCCGGUUAAACCUGCUGCUAUAGUAUGGAGAAGUUUGCUCAGUUCCUGUCGAGCCACUGGGGAUUAUGAAUUGGGUGCUUAUGCAGCAGAGAUGGCUAUAUCCUCUGACCCAAGAGAUAGUGGAUCAUACAUUUUGCUUUCAAAUAUCUAUGCCUCAAAAGGUAUGUGGACUGAGGUGAAGAAGACUCGGGAAAGAAUGGAAUCAAAUCUAGUAGUUAAAGAGACAGGCUGCAGUUGGAUUGAAAUAAAUGAUAAAGUGAAUACCUUUGUGUCAAGAAACUUAUCACACUGCAGAGCUGAUGUAAUCUUCUCAGUCUUGGAUAUUUUGAUCAAAGAGAUGAAAGGAGUAAGUCAUGAAGCUGAAACUGCUCCAACUCUAAUAGAUGGUUGAUGAAGAAACUGAAUGGUGAUUGUGCUAUUAGCAGAAUUCAGAUGAAUCUUAAGGUUAUCCACUCAUCUGAUACUCAAUAUUUGCCAAUUGCUCGGGUGGUGACCUUGUCUUUGGCUAAUGACAUUGCUCUAAUGAAUACUAUUCAGAUGGGUUGAGCUGUUGAGGGAUCUAUUAUUUGAACGGCAUCCUGUAAGAAAGCUGGAAAGAAGUAGCAGUCAAGAUUGCUGUCACACACGCAUGCCACCCGUUAGAGAUUGGAUUAGCGAAAGGACAAUGGAGCGCAGAACAUACAGAAAACAGCAGGGUUUGGAUGGAUGUUGUCUUUGGCGGAGAGAGAGUUUUCAACAUAUGAUAUCCUGUGAGGAUUCUAUUCUAUUCUUCAGGGACAUUGCAGAGAACAGGGUGAUUGAUGCUAAACACAGUUUUUCAUGACAAGAAUCAUGAAUCAAGAAUAGGGUUUUAAAGACAAACGACCAUGUUAUGUAGGGGAAAUUCUAGAUUCUACUGCUGGCUACAGCGACAACAAUGCAGCAGAAAAAGAAUUUACGGAUCUUCUGGACAAUCAUUGCCACCGCUCUACUUAAGACUGCAAGACGUCUGGAUUGGAUAUUGAGUAGUAACUGUGUAGUUGAGCUGAAUCAAUUAACGAGCUGAAGGGACUUAAGGAAAACACUUCAACUAGAAUUCUUCAGAAGGUCAUAUGUAUUUGAGUUGGAGAUGAUCGUGACAAGUGACAAGUUGACAACCAGGAUCUUGAAUGUGAGGAAUCUGGUUGAGCUCUACUUUCCCAAGAGGCUCUCUUCUUGACCCUUACAACAGCAAACAUCCUCGAGUAAGGCUCCGGGCUGUGAAAUUCACAGGAACUUCUUAAAUUGAGCUAUGCAGUAAAAGAAUCACUUAACCGCAGACUGAAGUUAUCAUUUGAUGGUUGUUUCAGAAUUCCAACUUUCUGACAUGGAUGUGUGGAGUAACAAGUAACAAUUGUCGAUUUGACCUGUUGACUGUUGAUGAUAUUCGAUUAUCUGCCUUACACUUUGGCUGUCAUGCUUGAUCUUUGCACCCUUGGUCUAUGUAUUGAUUAGUUACCCCAAGAAAAUACUUGGAAGAUCCCUAACCCUCUCAAUAUAUACUAAUCAAAUGGAUCCCUCCAUUUGGACAUAAUCUCAAUUUAACUUUCAUCUUUCUCAUACAA